AUGAGCCCAACAUUAAAUGCUGCAGCAUUUUCCAAGUAUUACAAUGACUGUCCAUCUUUGAAUAUACAGGGAUUCACAUAUCUAGUUGAAGAACUCAUCCUUGAAGACAUUUAUACAUUAAAUAGGUUUAGAUAUUUUCCUCAAAAACCAACACAAAGAUCUUGCAAAAUUAAACCUGGUGAUUCAUUCACUGAAUUUGUAAUUCCUUAUGUGAACGAAAUGAAGAGAUUCAAAGAAUAUCCUUUUGCAAUAUUGAAUUGGUUGGAAAAUCCAUUGUCUAAAGAUACAGAUGACAAAUUGGUUUUAGAACUCAUAUAUUACAUUUGUAAUAAUAAAGAUGAUGGUGCAAUACUUGUGUUUCUUUCUGGAUGGGAUCAAAUAUCAAAACUGACUAAAAUUUUAAAAGAUAAAGGCUUUGGAAAUACAUCUCGGUAA